GUAGGCCCCGUACUCGCUCUGCACUUUACCGCGGUCCUUGGGCGGGCAGCUUUGCGCUUGAUGGUGAACUUGCCUGCCAGGCUCACCCAGCCCCUCCUCCCAUUCGGUCUUCCCCGCCGCAGCCUCUGCCGGCCGCAACUGCGCAGGCGUCCACGCGGGCGUGGGCGGAGGGAAUGGAAAUGAGGCUGGGCCCUGCGGCUCGCGGAACUCCCUCCUCCUCUGCCCUCCCCGUCGCGCGGUGGUGCAGCUCCGUGGGUCCGAAGGCAGCGCGACAGCGGCUGGGGCAGCCGGAGUGGCCGAGGAGGGAGGGGCUCGGAGCCCCGCCCCCGGGGAGGGGCGGUCCCGCAGGUCUCCCUUCUGUCUUCCACGGCUGCAAUCCACACCGGGAAUGAAAUUUACCAGCAAGAAAGUCGAGGCUGACGCGGCGUCAAAGGACUGAGACUAAGCCCAAAACCUGGUUCCUGUGUCAGCAAGAUGCUGGAUCGAGGUGCGAAGUCAGAGGCUGAGGGCACAGAUCCUAGUCCUACUGGCAAGGAUCCGGUGACCAAAGCAGUUGAAAGCGGCCCUGCCUCUCCCCACCAGGCCCCGCUGCAGAAGCCCAACCAGUCGGCUCCAGGGCCCUCCAAGUCUGGGGGCAUGCCUUCUCGGCCCCGCCGGCGGCCCCCACCCCAGCGCCUGCACCGCUGCCCUGACUGUGACAAGGCCUUCUCCUACCCGUCCAAGCUUGCCACUCACCGGCUAGCACACGGCGGCACCCGACCCCACCCGUGCCCCGACUGCCCCAAGGCCUUUUCCUACCCCUCCAAGCUGGCAGCCCACCGCCUCACACACAGUGGUGCCCGCCCGCACCCCUGCCCACACUGCCCAAAGGCCUUCGGCCACCGCUCCAAACUGGCAGCCCACCUCUGGACCCAUGCUCCCACCCGUCCCUACCCAUGCCCUGAUUGCUCCAAGUCCUUCUGCUACCCCUCCAAACUGGCAGCCCACCGCCACACGCACCACGCCAAUGAUGCCCGCCCCUAUCCUUGCCCACACUGCCCCAAGGCCUUCUCCUUUCCCUCCAAGCUGGCUGCCCACCGCCUAUGUCACGACCCCCCCACCGCACCGGGCAGCCAGGCCACUGGCCAACACCGAUGCUCCAACUGUGGCCAGGCCUUUGGCCAGAGACGCCUCCUGCUUGUUCAUCAACGCAGCCACCACCAGGCAGAGGGCCAGGGGGAGAGAGAGUGAGCACUCCCUUUGGCUCACAGGUGGCCCUCUGCCAGCCAGCUCUGGUCAAUAAAAUGGUGGGAUUUCUAAGCCCGGCUGUAUGGACUUGGCUCUUCCGGAUAGGGGGCAGGGUGAGAGAUUUGCCAUUUACACUGGGUUCAGACUCAGAAGCCUGAGGAACUUUGCUCACCUGGAGGGGUAGGUGUCAACCUGAGUUAACACUGGGUCCCAAACGUUGGACCUGGAGCUGUGGUUGAUGGCACUGGUUCAGUGUGGUUCUUCCCACCCAUUUCUAAGGCAAAGGUAAAGCCUGCUAGCAUCCUGGGUUGCUGAGGAAUGCAGGCAAACAGGCUCUCCUGUUGUUGGAAGUUUAACUUGGUGUCUCUACUUUGGCCGCAUGACUGGAUCUGAGACAUUUAAAAUACACAUUUGCGUGUUUCAGCUAUCCCACUUGUAGGGAUUUCUCCCAUAAACUCAAAAUAUGUGAAAAAGACAUAAAGGUAAGGAUGUCCACUGCAGUGUGAUGGUUUCAAAAGACUGGGAACAGCCCAUGUGCCCACCCAUCAGCAGGGGCCAGCUAAUGAAUGACAGUGCAGCCCAGAAUGGACUGUGCAGGGAGAAGGCAGCACUGCCUUAGAGUGGAAAGAGCCCGAGACGACUAAGUGAUGAAGGCGAGCACAAGGAAAUGCCCACACCACAGAACCGGCCCUGCCACUCCUCAGGAGUCUGGGGGCUAAGGACAAGAUCUGUCACUUCUCUAAACUUGGAUCUCCUAUCUGUAAAAUGGGAACGUUGUAAGGCAUUUGUUGGGGGGCAGUCAGCUCUCCUUUUGGAGUCUUAUUCUCCUACUACAAAAUAAGGAUGAGUGUGCUAACAUUGGACAGCUCUGUUCCAGAUAUGUAUUAAGCACCUACUGUGUGCUGCAUCCCCAUGGGGUGUUAGGGACAUAGCAGUGAAGACAGAACUGGUCUAGUGAGGACAGUGGGCAGUAAUCAAACCAAGCCUGACCCAAGCCAAAAAACAAGUCAGGUCUGUUUACAGGAACAAGUCUGGGAGCCCUGGUUUGCUGCCCCCUCCACAGGAUUACUUUAAGGCUGUAGUAGUGACAUCUUUCUUUGGUGUUGGCUUGGAAACAGGCCAAUGGAAGGGAACUGAGAGUUCAGAAAUUGACCUGUGCUUAUACUGACCAACUAUCUGUAGAUCAGGGGUGGCCAGCGUUUCCUGUGAAGGGCCAGUGUGUAUUCUUAGGUUAUACAGGCCAUGUAUCUGCCAGCUAGUCACCUCUGCUGCUGGAGCAGCAAAGCAGUGCUACACAUUAUUAUGCACACUUGAAGGAAUGUGGCUGUGUUCCAAUAAAACUUGCUCACCAAAACACUCAGUGAGCUGGAUUUUGCCUGUAGGACCCAGUUUGCCAACCCCUACUGUGGAUGAGUGGGGAAAGGACAGACUCAAUAAAGAGGCUGAUCAAUCCCCAGCACCAAAAAAAAAAAAAAAGUUUAAAGAGGC